AUGUCAACUAACCGAAGAGGAAAGACUACAAACAAAGAAGAUGGAUUGGUUGUAAAUAUGUUGAAACAAAGCCAAGGAGAUGCAUCUGGUAAUCUCGGCAUUAAACUAUCAAAAUUGAACCAAGGGGUUCUCUCAAAAGAUCCUGGUAUCGAAUCAUCUAUGUCAAACCAAGGGAACUCAGCAAGAGCCAAUAGUUCUGGCGCAAAUCAAGACCAAGGGGAUCUAGUUACUAUAGGUGCUGGUAUCAAUCAAUCCCAAUCUCAAUCUCAAGGAGCUCCCAUAAAGGAACUUGAGAAGCUACCAACUAAUGAAAGUUUGAAUAAAGAAGACAACUGGGAAAGUUUAUCAAGUAUUAAUAAAUCGAAUGGAUCAAAAGAGAAAGAUAAAAGAAGAGAUAAAUCUUUAGUAAAUCCAGAUUAUUUGUCGAUUUUAGGAGAUGUACCUACUCAAGAAAAACAUGGUAUAACCAUAUCAAUUAACUCAGAUGAAGAAGAAGGUUUUGAUGCUAGUGUAGAUUUAACAAAUAAAGAUUCAGUAUUUGCUAAAGCAAUGGAACUAUCAGUCACAGGUGAUGGAUUAGGAGCUGCGAAGUACUUAAACAUUUAA